AUGAAAAUAAGUUCUCGAAUAGAUCAAUUAAAUAGGUUUAAGGAAGACAAGAUAAGAAGACGCAGUUCAUCCAACCAGCCCCAAGACAAAUUGGAGCCGCCUUCUAUUUCUCUUUCAGUUUUCCUUGAUAGGCUCAAUUCAUCUUUGAUUAGAACGCUUAAUAUCGACUCUAAGAAUGACAAAGCUCUUAAUAAGGUACCCUUUAUCCAGCAUGAUAAGAUUAACUCCUUGGAGCAUAACCUCCAAUUGCUCAACUUUAAAGAGAAAUCGACCAGACAGACCUCUGUAAAAUUGGAGGAUGUCGAAGAAAAAAACCGUUUGUUGACUGAGCUCAAUUCUCUCUACUAUGAUGAAUUAAUGGCCGACCACCACUUCAUAAAAAGAGUUAUCACCCUGAUUCAAUCGGUGUCCAACGGAGAACCAAUGGAAGAUGCAUCAGACAGCGAAAGACAACAACUACGCAAGACAAUUGGAGAACUCCAAAAGCAAAUAGACGAGAUGCAAGGAAACAAUUCAACUAACUAG